UCUGAUUGUUUUGUUAUAAAUUAUAAUCUUUAUUCAUCAGAAGAAAAAAAGGUGAAUUUGCUGUAUGCACAUAUCAUCUCUCUCUACAUAUAUACACCCCAACAAUAACAUUUUUACAAAGACAGAUCCACAGACGCCCAACACAUCCUCAGGUAAAGACAUCAUCCGUCCCCACAUGUCCACCAUCACUUCUACUUCUUCUUUGUUAAAAAAUUUCACACUAAGUCUGUUUGUAUCUUCUCAAAAAUGUGGGUACAGUGAGUUCACAUAGUUAAAAACACCUGGUCUCUGUAUUGAUUGUAAUUGAUCAGCAUGAAGCCAUUUUCUGGAAGUCUCUUAAGGUCAUGAGGGUUCAACAGGCAGUCCAGGUGAAGAGGUUAGAGUCCUCUUGUCUCUCAGUCCUUCUGGUCCUCCUUUCUCGCCUUUCUUCUUCAUUUCUUGAUCUGUCUGGACCCGUCCUUCCACCCCUCUUUCACCUCGUUCACAAAUGUCUCUUUGACUUUCUUAAACCGGCUGCCGAGCUCCCCCAGAUCCUCGGGGACUCUACCGGCCUCCUCUCGGACCUGCCGCAGCGUCUGGGAGCGCAGUGCCCGCUCUGAGGCGUCCUUCCCGGCUAUCUGAGCCUUGGUGAUGGCGUACGCAGUGAUCUGAGCCGCCCUGCGGAUCGGACGAGACUCCGCCAACUUCUCGAUGAUGUGAGGGUUGUUGAUGAGGUUGAAUAAAAAGCGGAAAAUCAUCUUGAGACCGGAUUUCUCAGGGUUCUUGGUCCCAGAACGACGUUAGCUCUCCUUGAGAGGUCGGGAUUCAGCCUGAAAUGACACGGAGGUUCAGCGUUUGUCUGCGGUAAGUAUUACAUUAACUUAAACACACACGUAUAUAUGCUGUUUUUGUUGCAUAAAUGGAUAAACUGCACAUAAAGUGGUUGACUUACUUGAGUUGAGCAGGUCACAGACAGGUUACAGAGGACGACAUAACAACGCACUGAAAGGCCAGACUGAAGUUAGUUUCUGAUUCGACUAUUAAAAACCUUAAGGAAGCCCUGAGCUGACAUACCUCCAUAUAUUUACUCCACUUCUCUUAUAAAUGAUGUUUUUUCAUAUAUUUUCUUUAGACUUUAGAUUACCAUAACUCCAAAUUAUGUCUUUAUGGUGUUACUUUAUUUGAUAGAGGAUAAUUAAAGGAAAAACUGAGUAGGAGGGCCUUUCUGCAGACUGUGCCUGUUUUCGAAUUGGCCUACUGCAUACUCCUGCUGACCGCAGUAUGCAGUAUCUACUGCAUACUGAGUACUGUGUUUGAUAGUUGUAUGCAGUAUGACUGUGAGUCGGCCAUUAUUAUGUGGUAUGCUUGGCCCGGUUUAGCUGGUUUCCGGUAUGGAAAAGUCUAUCGUACCCUGGUAAAUGGCAAUGACACUACAGCAUUGCCCCAAACUUUAUUGAACUCAUUCAAUAAAUCUGUGAUGUGAACACUUGUAUUGACAGGAUAUGGGUUCGGAAAAAAAAAUGACGUCCGAAAUAAUCGCAGGACAAAAACGGUCCUGGAGUGAAAGGACCUUUUAUAGUGCGAAAAAUUCGGAAUAUAUUCUGUUUUGUACUGAAAACACGAAAACAAACACUAAUCUUUUAUUUUUUGGUUAUAUAGAAAACAAAUAAACAAAAUAUUGACUCGUUUUCGUUAACUAGAUUGAAUGGAAUAAUUGAAUGGACGGAUUUGCUCUCCACAGCCGCCUUAACUUCAUUUAGACGAAUCUGAAGCCAACUUCAGCGUUGUGGCUGACGGUCUGACGGACGUUUUUGAUGGUAACACAAGCCGGUAAAACUGGAUCCGGGUCGAAUCAUACGUCCAUCCGCCCUCAGUCACUGAUUUCCCGGCUCAUUUCCCUGAUUCAUCCUCCAGAUUUGCACAUCAGCUUCGACCCUGAUCUUUUGUUAAAUCCACUCCUCCUGCCAGUCGGACCCUGAGCUCGAUCUGCAGCCACCAUCAUGCGGGUGUUGUUGUUGUUCGCUGUCACCGUGCUGCUGUCUCUAAACCCGGCGGCGGUCAGAGGAGCCGAGAAGAAGAAGCUGCAGAUCGGCAUCAAGAAGAGAGUGGACAACUGCCCCAUCAAGUCCCGCAAAGGAGACGUCCUCAACAUGCACUACACCGGGAAACUGGAGGACGGCACCGAGUUCGACAGCAGCAUCCCCCGGAACAGACCCUUCACCUUCACCCUCGGUACCGGACAGGUGAUUAAAGGCUGGGACCAGGGCCUGCUGGGCAUGUGCGAGGGCGAGAAGAGGAAGCUGGUCAUCCCCGCAGAGCUGGGCUACGGAGACCGGGGAGCUCCACCGAAGAUCCCCGGGGGAGCGACGCUCAUUUUCGAGGUGGAGCUGCUCACUAUCGAGAGGAAAUCCGAGCUUUGAUGAAGGGAAGAAGAGAGAGAGAGAUCACUUUAAAAACGUGAGUCUGCACAGGUGUGUGUGUGUGUGUGUGUCAGCUGUUUGCACGAUUCUACAAUCUGUACAUUAUCUCACAUUAUCCCUAAAUGCUUAAAAGAACCACUUAGUACCAAGAGACACUGAAGGAAGAGCCAACAAAUAUCUAUUACAGAUACUAUUAACAAUAGCAAUUUAAUGCACUACAGCAGGGGUGUCAAAUUCAACCACAGCAGGGGCCAUAAUCUGGAUUUAGGUCCAACCUGAGGGCCCAACAGUGUCAACGUUUCACCAAAACUGUCAACCUCCUUGUCAAAAAAUAUGUAACAAAAACAGCAAUGAUUAUAAAUCAUUUGGAAAUUCAAAAAAGAUAAAAAGAUAAGUUUAAAGGCAAUCUGAGAUAGAAAAAAAAACAUUAUUUUUUUUCUAUUUUUGCUUAUUAGCUCAAAAGAUCCAGAGCAUGAUAUUAAAAAUAGAAAAAUAAUGUUUUUGAAGAGCAAAUACAUGAGGUGAGCGUUGAAAUCAGGUUUAAAAGGUCAAAAUAGGACUUAAAAUUUAAAAUUGGAAUCUAAAGAUAAAAAUGACAUAAAUCUAAAAACUGAGUUGAACAAAAUUAAAGCAUGAAAAAAAAAUCCAAUCAUGUUUGACUUGUAAUCUUGAAAUGCAAAAUUGAAAACAUGAAAUAAAACACCAAAUAUUUUCCCCCCACAUUCUCGACUAUUUAUCAAAUCUUCCUGACUCUUUAAUUUCCCAGAUUUUCAUGGUUUAUUAAGGAUAUUUUAAAUAAUGGUGCUAAAGUUUACAUUAUUAUACUGGAGGAAAUCUGCAGACUUCAUACUGGUGGGCCAAUAAUAAUACAAAUAUAUGAUCUUGUGGGCCAGAUAGAAUUGUUCCACAGACCAGAUUUGUAACAUAAUCACUGAGAUUUCAAAAACAUAUAUUCACAGAAAGGGGUAGCCCUGCUAAGAGCAUACUGACAUAAUUGUAUUCCUUUUAUUCAGCAUUUCUUUGUCAUUAUAGUCUUUGUCUCUUUUGUUGUACCAAAACUGUUAAAGACAAACGGGUUACCCAGGUUACACCACAAAUAUACUCAAAACGAUAAACGAUGGCGGUGCUUGGUGGAAAGAACACCAGGUACUAGCCAUAAAUGGAGUUUUAAACAGCUAAUAUUUUCCUUUAGAUUAACUGGAAAAUUCACUGAUGAGAAAUUUGUCUCUGAGAUUAAGAGAAAAAUGUUUCAAACAAAGGUAGAGAAUAAAUCAUAACCAAUAGCAGAUAUAAAAUAAUAGCCAGGUCAUCUCAGUGAAUAUGCACCCUUUAUUUUUUCUUGUUCAUUGUAUGUCAGUAUUAGGCGCCUGAUCUGGGGCCUCAUAUCUGCCUUUCAACCCUCUAUCUCUGUCAUUAUUCUAGACUACUUGUUGCAGAUAAAAUGAGUGAACUAAUAAGUUUUUGAGACUUCUGCUCCAGUAAAUGUGUUUUCCCUUUGGGUGUGUUCUCGCUCAACACUCUGUCAACAUCCUGCACAAUAAAACAGGUUGAUUGGAUCAACAUCCCACAAAUGAAAGUCAAAUACUUCAAACUUGUGUUGUCUUUGAUAAUUAAACUUUGUAACUUCCCACAUAUGGUGUCAAAAGUUUCAGAGAGUGUUAUGCUGGAGUUUAUAAUUUUCCAAACUCUAAAUAUUGACAGAAAGAUUGUCCUUUAAAUAGUAAAUUCAUAAUGAUCCCAACUUUUAGUUAUAGUCCUCAUGACCUAAUAAUCAGUACCAGUAUCAGCCCUUAAAAAAAGGUCAGCAUCUCAUUAAAAUAAUGUGUGAAGGGCUUUUUUUGUGGAAAAUAGACAGAUAGUCAAGAUGAAUAACAGAGAUGAUUGUUAAUUUUUUCGUUCAGUAUGUGUAUGUUAAAAACAGAUCAUAUUUAAAAGAUUUGGUUGCCGUGAUUGUUUUUUUAAUCGCGUUAAAAAUUUUAGGAAGAAAACAUGUUUCAAUAUCAUUAUUUUUAGUAAAACUGUACAGCUGUACAUGUGUUUUUGCAAUAUCAAUCUAAUGCAUGACAGGAGAGGUCAACCACAGCAUCUUCUGUAUUUUUAAAAUCAUAUUUUUAUAGUGGGUGUAGUUCGUUAAUUGUUUGCAUUUGUAGUAUUUAUUAUUAAGUGGUGAAGUCUGCCAUUGCUACACUAGCUUUACAUUUUCCUUACAUACAUAAGACUCUCCUUUUCUCAUUGUUGGCAGCCUGUUUACUGUCACUUAUGUUGCUUUAGAUUAAAUCACUGUUUUGAUGUAAAGCAUGUGCAGGAAACCCUCUCAUCUAAUCCACUGAUCGUUUCCUAAAACCAUUUCUCCAGCGUCACUGUUUCUGCAAAAGAUCCGUGCUCAUUUUCACCUCUUUUGAUAAGGUUUAUGGGUGGAUGAAAGAACAGUAAUAAUGAGCUGAACAGCUGCAGGCUACAGAAACUGAAAAAAGUCCUGUUUCAUUAUCCGUUCUCAUAAUAAACCCGGACCUUGAUUUGACGAGCAUUACUGGUAACACCAAAUCUCGAAGGGAGAGCUGCUGGCAGUUUCACAAAAAGGAAAAAAAAUAAAAAUCAUUGACCCUGAGCCGCAAACCUCAAAGCAGAGCUAAUUAAUGUGAGAAAAGUCAUGUAAUCUUUUUUCUGCGUUCGUCUUUUAAGGUUCCAGGAGCUGCUACAGCAUAAAAAGGAGACAUCCAAACUCUGAUGACGACUACGAGGCAAAUAUGGGAGGAGCCCCCCCUGGCAGAUCCACUGUUGUCCUUUUCUGGCUUGUAAACUGGCUCUUAUGCUCUGAUUCAUUGAACUGAUGUGAUUAUAUGGUACAAGAACUGACGGUGUGCUUUGGCUAAACAUAAGUAGAACUGACAGCGAGCAGAAAAGACCAGGAUUUUGCUGUGGGCUGAUGAUCAAGUCAUUUCCUGCCAUAUCGUCUCUUUUUUUUUUGUCUUCCCAUUUUCUGUGAUUUAUAAGCCAGUUGAUUCAUUACUGUACCUCCUUUUCAAAAUCAUAUAAACUGUUUGUUAAGCCAGAAGUCAGAGAUAUAAGAACAUAUGUUUUUGUUUACUUUGAUUAUUUGAAACAUGAUAAUAAAAUGUUGACCUUACUGUAAAGUUUGCAAUUUAAAAGUGUCUUUCUUUGGAUAAGAAAUAAAGUACAGAGUGAUCCUUUUAAAAA